ACUAGCUGGUUAACACAAGUGAAUAGAAAACAGUUAAAAGGCAUUCAGCACAUUAACAUCAGACAAGGAAAAGGGGAACCUAGACUUUUUUCUUUCAUGAACCCUUGUAUAUAUGUCACUGCAGCAUUAGUAAAAUGCGUGAGUGUGAUCAGAUCUAAGCCAGUAGCAUCCCAGACUGGCUAUAGAUUGAUUCACGUACAAACAGCACCAUGGAGUGGACGAAUCAAAUGAGCAUCCUGGUCCUGGUAGUGUAUGGCUUCACGCUGAUUACAGGCCUUCCUGCCAACCUGCUGGCCUUCUACACCUUUGCUCGAAAAGUACGACAGAACGCCAAACCCAUUGAUGUGCUCCUCCUCAGUCUCACCAUCUCAGACCUGAUCUUCCUCUUCUUCCUCCCCUUUCGCAUUCAAGAGGCGGUAGAAAGGGAAUGGAAAAGGAGCUACUUCUUCUGCACACUAUCAAUUUUCUUCUUCUUCGCCACUAUUUACAACAGUGCUUUUCUCUUGACGGCUAUCAGCGUGGAACGCUACCUCGGAGUGGCCUUCCCCAUCAGGUACAAAGUCAAACGUCAUCCCCGCAAUGCCAUGAUAGCUAGCAUCAUGUUCGCGGUGAUUUCUAUGGCGCACUGCAGUAUUAUCUUCAUCACACAGUAUUAUGAUCGCACCAACAGUACUGUGGUUGCUCUCUCGCAACGGAACACCUGCUAUGUGGAUUUCAGUGCUGAACAGUUGAAGGUCCUUUUGCCUGUCCGUCUGGAGCUGUUUGUGGUUUUUUUCUGCGUCCCUUUCAUCAUCUGCUGCUUCUGCUACAUCAACUUCAUCCUCAUCCUCUCCCGACUACCUAAUAUCAGUCCCAAGAAGCGUUUCAGGGCGAUCGGGCUCGCUCUUGGCACUCUUCUCGUCUUCAUCGUCUGUUUCAUGCCCUUCAGCGUUUCCCACUUGGUGGGUUUCAUUUUGUGGUACGAUCCCGACUGGAGAGUGUACGCACUGCUCACCAGCACCUUUAACGCCUGUAUGGACCCCUUUAUCUUUUACUUCUCCUCUUCGGCACUGCGGGAGAUGCUGAAACUCUUCACGCGAAGACUCGUCAAAAGGCUCACCUAUUGUCCUAAAGUUGUUGGCUGUCCCCAGAUGAACUGUACCUAUGUUGAGGAGAGCACACAGAGCUCCACCAACAGCUUCCGCUAG